CCCCCACCACUCAUCAUCUCAUAUCCCCUCCCUCCCAUGAGCUCGUCCGUCAAGGCCUUCUGCGCUUCGACGGCUUCUGCUUCCGCCUCGGCCUCCUCCUUCGCCUCCAUGCAGACCGUCCUCCAGCUCGGCUCCGCCCUCGACUCAAACUCCCGCCGCCCCCGCAAGCAGUACAUCUGCCGCCACUGCCAGGUCGCCUUCAAGCGCUGCGAGCACCUCGCCCGCCAUGAGCGCUCCCACACCGCCGAGCGGCCCUUCGUCUGCCCCGUCUGCAGCCGCGGCUUCACCAGAAAAGACCUCCUCGUCCGCCAUCAGCGCAUGUGCGACGGCACCCGCCCUAAGCGCAAAGAACGUCGUCGCUCCGUCAUCCAGCGCGUCAUCAUCCGCCCAAACGAAGUAGAUCCACCAGAACUCGACCAGCAGCAACUGCAACUACAACAACAACACCAGCAGCAGCCAUCCCCGGACAGCAAAGAUCUUCUGCGCGAGCAGCUCCUCGACGCCAGCACGCCGCACCAGCCCUCGCAAGAGAUCCAGCUCCAUUCCGACCCGCUCUCCUCCAAACCAAAGCCUGCAUGGAACGACCACGCCCUUUUCGACAUGCUCGAUCUCGAGCACUCUCCUGCCGAAUCCUCCGUCGCGCUCUCGACCCCUUCCUCCGUCGCCGAGACCACCACAACUCCCACCCGCGACCUGCAAGAGGCCGUCGUCGCCACCGCUUCCCAGUUCGCGCUCAACAUGCAGGACUGGAGCUUUCUCGACCAAUUUCGCAUCCCCGACAUCUUCAACAACAACCUCUUCGAUUUGCCGGCCGCCCAACCUUCCGUCCCCACAACUCCCUCGUGGCUGCAUACCGAGUUUGGAUAUUCACCUACCUCGACCGAUAACGAAACCAUCGUCGUCGACGACAAAGCCUCUCAACUCACCGACGCCUCUCCCUCGCCGAUGCCGUCCUCAGCUCCUCAUCACAACUAUCAAUCUCUUCCCUCGGCAGGUGCGGUCCCUGGCUCGAACUUCACCGCCUCGGCCUCCGCCGGCGGACCGCCAGCAACUUUCCCGACCCGCUCGACUCAAACUCAGCAUAUCUGGAUCGUGCCCUUCGACGACAACUGCCGCGCCUCAAUGAUUGCUCUUUUGUCGAACCUCACCACAUCCAGAGAUAUCUUUGUCUUUGAUACCCUUACCAUGCAGCGAUAUCUCUCAGUCUAUGUCACAAACUUCAGUCUGCACUUUCCCAUCAUCCACCCGUCGGUUUAUCAGUUUGAGGUUUUGAAAGAGUACCACCGAAACCGACAUUUAUACUCAAACGUCCAGUCGGAUUCGAAUUACCCCUGGGAAGCAGUGUCCACCGCAGUCCUCACUGUUGUCAUGGCCGCAAACGGCGCCGUCCACUGCCUUGCGCACAAGGAUGCCCGCGUGCUACGAAACUGGGCACGCAGACUGCUAGCUGAGCUGCCGAGCGAGGCCACCCUGCCGGACGAGCGUCGGCUCGGUCUCGUCCAGGCCCAUCUCAUCCUCUCCGGAUUCGAUGCUUGGAGUGGCGACGACCAAGGUAUGCAGGUUGCUCUUGACGAGCAGGCAUUUUUUGUCCGCUUCUGCACCCUCGGACUCAAGAAACGAUGCGAGCGGGUUACCUCGUCUUGGAAAGAGUGGAUUGUGCGUGAGAGCUGCCAUCGACUGUUUUGGGGCAUUUUCAUCGUCUUGUCCGACUACAAUAUCACUUUCCACCAAAUGCUUCCGCUGCGCAUCAACGACGUCGGCAUCUUGCUUCCCGACAGCGAGACUCUCUGGCACGCGCGGUGCGAAAGUGACUGGCUCGCGCUCCUGCCGUCCUGUCCGCCGCCGUCGAGCAUCGAUGCCGUCGUCCUCUCGAUCUUGAACGACCCGUCAUGCAGAGUGAACGAGAUUGUGGAGAUGCAGGCGUCUCCACCUUCGUCGUGGUUCAAGGCAAGACGAGACGGUAGUGAGUUUGCUGGUACAGGUACUACCGCUAGCUCUGGCACUGGCAGCGGAGAAGAUGGUGGUUUGGCGGGUGGCGACGAUGGCGCCGGUUCGCCGUCGUCGGUUACCUCGACCGGUACGACCGAAGAAGACGAGACAGCGACUAGGGUGAUUGUGAUUAACGAAAAACCGCAUGUGCUCUCGUUGUUUUCGGUGUACAUUGUUAUGCAUGUGAUCAUGAACCAUAUCUGGACGGCAGACCAGGUUCUGCAGGUUGGAUACACGCCGUCCGCACCUCGGAUCCAGGAGCUGAACCAGCUCCGUCUCUUCACAUUCCAGCAAGCCGAGCGGAUUCUCACGCAGUCUGCGCAAAAUCUCGCGAAAUCGCAGGCUGAAUUUGCGCGCCGCGUGCCCGGUGCCGCGGGGGUGCCAGUUUCGCCGAUGAUUUUCAACUCGUGCUCGCUCGUGCGGGUGAUGCAAGUGCGGUUGUUCAAGUCGUCGAGCGUGCUCAACAGUUUGCUGUGCGAUCCCGAGUUGAAGGCGAACAUGGACGACGCGCUAGAGGAGUUUUUGGAUUCCAAGCCGGAGAUGGGAUCGCUGGUCGACAAAGCGCUGGACGAGGCGGUUCUCGGUCUCGAAGUACAAGUCCGAGCCGGACCGACGAUGAUCAAGCGAUUGGCUCCGGUGUAUUGGAAUGUUGAGCAUGCAUUGUGUGGCUGGGAUUCGAGUAAGUGAUUGUUCCGUUUGAGUUGUUGAGAGAGUUGCACUAACAUUCUGUAGAUUUGUUCCUCUCGCGUUGGUUGCAUGAGAUUGAGAUCCGCACCGCAAUGUCGGGAUAUGUUCCUACU